UGCGAGCUGUACCACUGGGUGGACCUGCUGGACCGGUUCGACGCGCUGCUGGCCGAGGCGGGGCGGCCGGUGGACACCAUGAGCUGGAUGCUGAGCUGCGACCGGCCCGAGCGGCAGCCCCUGAAGGCCCUGCUGCUGGCCCUGCUCAACUUCACCGCCCUGCUCAUCGAGUACAGCUUCUCCAGGCACCUCUACAGCUCCAUCGAGCACCUGACCACCCUGCUGGCCUCCUCGGACAUGCACGUGGUCCUGGCCGUGCUCAACCUGCUCUACGUGUUCAGCAAACGCUCCAACUACAUCACCCGCCUGGGCUCCGAGCGCAGGGGGCCCCUGCUCGCCCGGCUGCAGCACCUGGCUGAGGUGGGC